AUUUUCGAAACCCCACGAUCGAACCAUGCACGCCGACGGAGUGAAGAAAGUGGCGCUGGAAGCGCUCAGCUCCCGCGUUCUCGAUGGACGCGGCUUUCGCAUCGGCAUUUGCACCACCGAGUGGAACAAGGAGAUCAUUGAAGCCCUGCGUGACGGUGCCAUUCGUACACUCACGGCUGCUGGUGUUGCCACCGACGACAUCGUCGUCUACACUGCUCCUGGUUCGUAUGAACUGCCUUACACUGCGAGCCGCAUGAUCCUGUCGGAGAACGUUGACGCCGUCAUCUGCAUUGGGUGCUUGAUCAAGGGCGAGACUAUGCACUUUGAGUACAUAUGCGAAGCUGUGACUCAAGGCAUCAUGAAGCUCAACUUGGACACGGGGGUGCCUGUUAUGUUUGGCGUGCUGGCCGUGUUGAACGAAGAGCAAGCUCGCGCGCGAGCUGGUCUGGACAAGGAUGGUCACAACCACGGGAUCGAGUGGGCCCAAACAGCCAUCGAAAUGGCACAAAUGCGCGCGCGGACAGCGAAGAAGAGCACGGCCAAAUGCCCGUACCAUGUCCUUCCGUCGUGUCCGUUCAUGUGGACGACGGCUUUGGCCGUCUUGGGAUAUGGUGUGCACCUUCUUGUGUGCCGCAAGCACAAGUAGAGAAGGCGGGGUGGUUUUACCUAAACACCAAUAACACGUAAAACGAGUUAAAGUCA